UUAUAUCGAAACCGGAUUAUAUCGACUUCCUUCCUGUUCAAAUGCGAACUUGACAUGAUAUGUCGGAAACAAUCGCGGUCUCACAACGUACAAGAAAACCUUACACGUGAAAUAUUGAUUUACCUCAGCACUAUAAACUGCUUCAUGUCAAGAGGUGAAGCAGAUGGCGGAGCGAGAGGAGCGACGCUUCGCCGAAGUGUCACGGGAGUCCAUCAAGCUCAUGGCGGAGAGCGCCGGCGUAGAGCUCAGUGACGACGUGGCUGCUCUCCUGGCUGAGGACGUCUGCUACCGACUGAGGGAGGCGACGCAGGGCAGCUCUCAUUUCAUGAGACAUGCCAAGAGAAGGAAGCUGACAGUGGAAGACUUCAACAGAGCUCUGCGCUGGAGCAAUGUGGAGGUCAUCUGUGGUUACGGGUCCCAAGAUGCGCUCCCUUUCCGCUCGGUGAAAGAAGGGGAGCUUUUCUUCACAGAGGAGCGUGAGGUCAACCUGGUCGAGUUGGCCUUGGCCACCAACAUUCCCAAAGGCUGCGCCGAGACCAUGGUUCGAGUGAGCGUUUCCUACCUGGAUGGGAAAGGGAACGUGGAACCCCAAGGAAUGGUUCCCUCAGCAGUCCAGUCACUGUCGGAGGAUCUGUUGAAGUAUUACCAGCAGAUCACACGGGCCAUCCUGGGAGACGACCCUCACCUUAUGAAGGUGGCUCUGCUGGACCUGCAGUCCAACUCUAAAAUUGCUGCCUUGCUUCCAUAUUUUGUUUAUGUCAUCAGUGGGGUGAAGUCAGUGAGCCACGACCUGGAGCAGCUCAACAGGCUCCUGCACAUGGUGAAGAGUCUGGUCCAGAACCCCUACCUGUACCUGGGCUCAUAUGUGCGCAGCCUGGUCUCCAGCGUCAUGUACUGCAUCCUGGAGCCUCUGGCGGCCUCCAUCAACCCGCUCAACGACCACUGGACCCUGAGGGACUACGCCGCCCUGCUUCUCAGCCACAUCCUCUGGACUCACGGUGAUCUGGUGAGUGGGCUGUACCACCAGAUUCUGCUGUCUCUUCAGAAGGUUCUGUCGGAUCCCGUCAGACCGCUGUGCUCCCACUAUGGCGCCGUGGUGGGCCUCCACGCGCUGGGAUGGAAGGCCGUCGAACGAGUUCUUUUUCCGCAUCUUCCUGCCUAUUGGGCCAACCUGCAGGCUGUGCUGGACGACUAUUCAGUUUCCAACGCUCAAGUCAAAGCAGAUGGACACAAGGUCUACGGAGCCAUCCUGGUGGCAGUAGAGCGCUUGCUGAAGAUGAAGGCGCUCUCCCUGUCCCAGCCAGCAGCCGACGCAGGCCCCAGCGUCCAUUCGGGGUCGGCGGCGGGCGUUUUGGGCUACAGGGUGAGCUCGCCCGGUCUCAGCCCGCCACCAGAACCUCUGUCUGAGGCCGCCCUAGGCAUCGCAAGCCACCUUCAGACGGGUGGCGCCGGCUGCCCGUGGGAAGACUGGACGCCCGUCCCGCUCCCCGCCAUGUACUGCGAGCUCUACUCCUUCUUUGGGGAUAGCCUGGCCAUGCGUUUCAGUACUGGGCCCGGGUUCGGCGGUGACCCGGCGCAGCCCGGCGACGCCAGGAAAGAACCCCCCGGGCCGGCCUCCAAUCACGACACCGCUCGGAAAAUGCCCCAGCUCACGGCCAACCUCAACAUCAGUCCCAGGCAAGACGGAAGUCCACGGACCGACCCGCCCCCACCUAGCCUGGCCGCCACUGGAUGCGGAAGGGCGGUGUCCCGGUCCUCGUCUGCCUCCGUCCAGCGGUCGCGAUCGUCCACGUCGCGUCAGGGCCAGCGGCAGGCAGGUCCAUCUCGCGACGUUUUCCCCAAAGCUCGCUUCACCUCGCCACAGGCGGGGUCUCUCGUCUUCUCCUUCCUCAUCGGCGGCAGACAAAUGGGCCGCAGUUGCCGGGGCCGCCGCCCUUUCCAGACCACAUUUGCCCUCACGCCAGCCCCGGCCGCUGUCCCACCGCGCGCCUACGCCCACAAACUGCCCGUUAUCGGUCGGGUGGGAAAACCGGUUCGCCAUUGGUCGCCCUCCCACUAUUCCCUUCACCUUCCCCUUUAGUGCCAGUUGUCACAUGGAUGUAUGCACUUUUUAAUAUAAUUUUUAUUUCAUGAAACUUCAGAACCUUGCUUUUGACAAAUAUUUCCAAGUGGGAUUUUCCCAAAGCAACUCCAUUCAUUUGGUUUUUUUUUUCUGCAAACUUAGUUGGAUACUUGCUUCUUGUGUCCUCUUUGAGAGAAUACAUGUUCAAUGAUGCAGAUUUUACAUACAGUAAUAAAAAAAACUAAACAAUGUGA